UGCAUUAAUGAUGGAAGAAAGAGAGGAGCUCAUGCAUGGUUUCACCCAUUGAUGAUGAACAAGUAAUACCCAUUUUUAGAGUUGCCCAUUUUCUGAAACCAACAAUACCCUCUGCCCAAAAGCUCCCAUUUUCCCCUUCUAGACCCAAUGUUCAAGAACUGAGAAGGAGUAUUUCACUAAAGGUCCAGUUCAGGGGUGGUGUUUCAGUUUCACACUUGAAGGAAUGGGCUACUUGGGUCAAUGAGUUAAAACCUUUAUAUCAAAAAAUAUGGAAGAAAGCUGGAAUCUUUGAAGCUAUUAUAGCUUCUACGUUCAAGAUUUGUAUGCACAAUGAUUUGAUCAUUGCUCUUGCUGAAAGAUGGUGGGCGGAGACAAACACAUUUAUUUUACCAUGGGGAGAAGCAAGUGUUACUUUGGAGGAUAUGGUAGUUUUGGGUGGUUACUCUGUGUUGGGGACAUUGUUUGAAAAAAGUCUUUGUGAGGCUCAUAAAAUUAUUAAAGCACGUAAAAGGAAUGUUACUCACCAUGCCUGGAUGGAGUAUUUUGAAGGAAGAGGUGAUCAUUUGGAGCAUGUUGCAUUUAUCACUCAUUGGUUGUCCAAGUAUGUGCUCCCUUCUAAAAGUUAUCGUAUUGUGGAGAAAGCUCUUUUUCCUAUUGCAAUUUAUCUUUCUCAAGGUAUACCAAUGGCGAUUGCCCCUGCUGUUCUUGCUAGCAUUUAUAGAGAUUUGAACUUGCUUAAACAGUUGGUUUUAUCUUCGUCUAAGCAUCGUGAACAGAGUAGUUCUAGAUGUGUAGAAGAUGAGUCGGAUCUUAUCCUUAGGGCUCCUCUUCAUGUUGUUCAGUUAUGGGCUUGGGAGAGGUUCCCCAAUUUGCUGCGUAAGCCUGGUGUCAUCUACUCUGGGGAGCCAAGAGUAGUUAGAUGGCAUGAGGUGAAAGAUCCUAGGAGGGCCAUAGAUUCUACGGCAGAAUUGUUUUUGUGGCGUCCUUAUGCUAUUGGUACUGUGAAGAAUUGGGACUUGAACAAAUUUUACAAGGAAAGGGAGGAAUAUGUGGUGGUUGGACCAAAGAUGGGAAGAGAAAUCUUGAUUUUUGCUCGAUUUAUUCGAGCUUCUGAACUAGUUGGAGUGGAUUGUGUAGAACAGUAUAACCCACAUAGAGUAUCAAUGCAAUUUGGAUUUGAUCAAGACGUGCCAGCUUGUGUGAAUCAUGCUAGUGAUAGCCCAAGAAUUGCUUGGAGUAAUUAUAGUAGACCAAUUAAAGAUGCCAAACUCUAUAUACCUUCUAGGCUCUUCGAGUCAGAUGUUACAAAACGAUACUUGGAGUGGUGGAAGAACAACAAAUUUGCACUUGAAGAUGCAGUUAAGCAUGUAACCAAAGGACAACGGUCUAGAACUCAUCAAAGGAUACCAAGACUGUCGUGGGAAAGCUAUAAAAUGAGGAAUGCCUCCUCUGUAUGUUGUGAAUUUGCACAGAAAUCUGAUGAGGUUAGAACAGAUGACAAUAUUCAGGAUUGUGAAAUGAGAGUUGUAGAAUCAUCGGAUGAUGAUGACAAUUUACCGAUUGCAGAAUCUUUAAACAAAAGGAAGCUCAUGAAGAAAGAGAUUACUGUACCUGAUAAUCAAGAACCCUUAGCUAGCAUCCAAAGCCAAUCUUCUUCAGCUUCUAAUGAUGGAAUUGCCAGAGAAAGGGCGACACUAAUGGAGUCAAAACCAUUAAGCAAAAAAGGUGGCUAUAAGCUCAACUUGUCUCACAGUUUAGAACUUGCAAGUGAGGUUCCAAAUGUAAAUAGGAGCUGUGGCAAAUAUGCAGAAUUUUCGAGUACUGGUCCUGCUAAAAUGAGUUUGCAGAUGAGCAAUGAUUCAGUCGAAGCUCCUAAGGUAAGUACAAAUGGUAUCAAUAGGACCGAAGGAAAUAUGCAGAUGGAAAAUAUUGACAACCAUGAGAAAAGGAGCAGAAGAUAUGAAAUGACUGAUCUUCUGAAACUUGAGAUGAGGAUUAGAAACCUUGAGAACAUCAUGGCUGGAAAGGUUCCAAGAGUUGGGAAGAGGUGAAAACAAGAUCAAACUAAACUAUAAUGCUGAUGCUUCUCUGAUUUAGUUUUUUGUUUUGUUCAAAAAGUUGUGUAUUCUUCUCUAAUACCUAGUAUUCAACGAUACUGUGACAGUGCUACUAUAACAUUACUUCUAUUUAGGCCUUCUCUUGUAACUAUAUAUCCCAGCUUUAGUAAAAGCCUUACUGUAUUGCUUGUUUGUCAAACCUCAGAUUC